AUGUCUUUCCAGUCGCGGAUUCCGUCCCCUAGCAAGCCGGCCACAUGUGCGCAGGGAAAUGAACGUCCUACAGCUGUGAAAAGGCUCCAGCCCGUCCAACCUCAAACAAAGCUCAAGUUGGAUUCAUCGAACGUAACGAAACCUGUUGCUACAACAGCAGACGUAAAUCCAUCACGGGCUGGAACGGCCAGAGCAGCCAAAACGAUCACAAAUACUCCAAGUCGAAAUCUAGCGGUGCACACGAGGGGUGCGUCUACGAGUGCGGUCAUCAAACCAUCGCUCAGUACUCAUGCAUCCAAAGAAAAACAGGCUUCGCAAAUUCCUGGAGCGAGCCUUACGCAAAUGCAAUCAUCAUCUUCAGCACAACAGCACAAGCGAACCUUGAGUGCGCAUGCGUCUAUUCGAGCAACGGCACCGUCCCAAGGGUCGAGUUUACCAAAGUCAAGGCCGGUUGGUCGAGUAAUGAAGGACAGUGAGAAUGCGCCAACCACCAAUGUUUCAGCACUUACGCGGCCAAACUUCGACUCAUACAAACAACACUUCAGUCCGCAGAAAGCGAAACAGCCUGUAUCGACAACCACUUCCAGGGUUGUUGUAAAUCCCAGUGGGUCAACUGUUGUAGCUUCUGAAAGCUCACGACUUAGCGACGAGCUACUUCAACUUUCCCUGUUGCAUACAGGUUCUACUGUUGCACUUCAGAGCUACGAGAAGAGCAUAAAGUCUCAUUUCCAAAGCCACCACGCAGAUCUUGACAGGCAACGUCAACAGAUUGAGUCCCUUGAGCGAGAUCGGCGGGCACGAGAUAACCUUAGAGGCCUCAGAAGAUGGAUCGACGAAAACUCUAGUGGCGGCGAAGAGGACUUCGAUCCCCUUUCGGUAUUGGCUGAGUGCUUGCAGGAGCUCGACGAGAUUAAUAAGGACCAGGGCGCCUUCGCUGUGGCGAGGAGGCAGUUCAGCGAUUGGGAAACGAAUGUUAGCUCUAUCACAUUGAAUCGAGUGGAGCCGGAAGGAGACACCACAUUGAAUUUUGUGGUUCCGUUGGGUUCGGAAUGGAGUCAUGCCAUCGAGUUGAUCGAACGGCGACUGAAGAUCUGCAUGAAUACGCUGAGGGUUUUUGACGGGAGGCAUGAAGGAGCCACCAUUGGGGAAAUGAUUGCAAUGUUUUCCAUGCAUUGCGAACACCUGCUACAGGAGAUCUCGAUCUGUAGGACCCUGGAACGCCUGAUCCUCCAGCGGCAGCAGCAAUGGAUUGACGAGUCUAUCGGGAAGGCACUGAUGACGGUUGAGGAUAAGGGUUUACAAGCUCACCAGAUGAUUCCAAGGAGAGGAAUUUGGGAGGACUUGCAAGAUCGACAUUGA